CUCUCUAAGCAACAUUUCCUUAGGACCAAACAAUGUCAACAACAUGGCUGUCUUUUACUAUGCACACACUAUUACAAUUUAUGUUAAUUACAAUUCGUUAGAUAUCAAUAUGUAAUACAAAAGAACAAAAGCAUGCCAGAAGUUUCUGAGGUCUUUGAGCCUUCGGAGCCUAAAGUGGGUGAUAAUUGUACGAUAACUAGCGUUCGAUCUCGUGGCCAGCAAUCGUGGCAUCACCGCGCUGAGUCCGGUCAUAGACGUCAUAGUAGCCACAGAUCUAAAUAUAGAGGCUCGAGUCUGGAGACGAGGUCCACUCCUGGGAGACCAGAAGUAGGGGAAGACAACCCCAGGAACAGCACGGAAAUUACAGAGAGCUGGCUCGACUGCAAUGAGAAUCACUUCAAGCAACGGCGAUACGCCCCUGAGUCGAAAUGCAUGGACUAUCCCAGUAUGAACUGUCACUCUGCCCAGUGUGACCAACAUCAAGAUGGUUGGUGGACCGACGGUCAGCCCACGACAAAUCAAAUCACACAAGGUAGCCAGUUUAUGAUGCAAGAGCCUGUAUUGCCGUACGCCAACAGCAGGGGCUGUGGUGAUUUCUACAUGAAUGUACCAUUUUUAAGGUGUCCUCCAGUUGACAUGCAGGAUGAGCAGCUGGUCUUGAAUUCAUGUCAAAUCGACAUCCUACUCUCUCUGGCAGCGACAUAUGCCUCAAACACAGCUAUGGUGGAUAGCUGCAAGUUCGCUCUCCUGUCCUGCGACUACAGAACUAUCAUCACCAACUAUCUGAUCGCUGCCAAAUUUGAACUCUAUGACGUCAUGGAUAGGCUGCUAGACCAAAUUCGCGCCAAUUUUAUCUGCAUCUCCAGGACAAAAGAGUUCCUGUCCCUUCCAGCAGAUGUCGUCAUGAUGUUUCUCCAAGACAAUAAUCUGAAUGUGGAUAACGAGCUGGAAAUAUUUUUCGCCGCCAUUAAUUGGAUAGAUUACAAUAAGAUGCAGAGACUAUCUGACGCAGGUAAACUCUUAAACUGCGUCCGCUACGUGUACAUCAACCCAAUCGACAUCAUCACAUACGUGGAGCCUAACCUGCAGCUCUUCACUGGACCUGAAGGCAUUGAGGCAAUAUUGAACAUGUACAGGUAUCGAGCGCUGAUACUGUCUGGCACCAUACCUCCACCGCCCAACGUAGUAGCCUUCUGUCCAUCCCCUGAUGGUCAACCAUCUCUAUCGCCACUCUUCGCAGCCCAGAUGCAGGAUCAGCCGACACUGUCACCAUCCCCACUGGCCUCACCAGCCUCACCGAGUGCCUUAGUCUCUCCCGGUGGAAUAGCCUCCCCUGGAGGAGUCACCGUACCCUUGCCAAGGUAUAAUGUACCCAAGCCGUUGUAUAUGCAGCAACCACCACAGGCUGUACCACAGGACCCCUCGUUCACGUGCGUCCCAGAUUGGUAUCCUAUGUCUUCAAUAGCCCCCACACCGCAAAACUGCCCAUAUACUUGUGUCCCAGACGGCUAUGCACAGUAUCCGCCCAUGCCCAUGCAAGCCAACCAGGACAACCAACAAAUGGUUGGGCUGCAACCUAAAAAAGAACAAGCCAAAGGUGCGUCCGAUACUCAGAUCAAAGACGACACGUCCAAAGACGAGCUCAAAACUCAGACUAAAGAAAAGUCUCAGUCUAAAUCUCCGAAAAAGGCAAAACAAGAAUCAGAUUCCUUCAAAGAUUUAUUUAGCGGAACAAAAAAGCCAAUACCUGAAAAACAGAAACAGAAGCCUGCAAAUGCCGGAAGCAGUUCUGAAAUGGAGGAUAUCAACAAGGAUGAUUCAGAAAAAGAUGCAGCAAGUACAGAUAAGGCUACAAAUAUGAAAGUGCAAGCAAUGUCUUCUGGUAGUAAAGAAAACUUAAGCGAUUCAGACAAAGACCUUGGGAAGAAAAAUAUUUUAAAGACUGCCGGAGAUGAAGUAUGCGUGAAAACAAACGCUGAUGUUUCCUCUGAUAAUAACAAGAAAACGACACCAAUGCCAAAAUCCAAAUCAAAAGAAAAGAUCAAAGAUUCUAAGCAGGUUUCCUCUUCAGCAGAUCUACAGAAACCUCAGGUUGGAAAGUCUAAUCACAAGAAGAAAAAAAAAGCACCACUUGAAGAAUCCACUCCAGAAAAUGUGACAACAGAAGCCACACAAAAGAAAGAUAGUUUUACAAAGCCUGCUCCCGAAGUCAAAGAGAAAACACAAAAACACAAGACAGUUUCCCCUGACACAGGCACCGGUGGCCACGCACUAGAAUCUAAGGGGAGCAAGCACAAGAAAGGCCAUCAUUCUAAGGCUCCCAGCAGCUCCAAAAGCUUGACAAGCCUAUCACCAAAACGCAAACACAAAACACAUUCUCCGGUCAAGGACAGCAGCGAACACGCACUUGAAAAAACGGAAAACAAGCACAAGAAAGGUCAUCAUUCCAGGACUACGGACAGCAGCGAACACGCACUUGAAAAAAAGGAGAGCAAGCGCAAGAAAGGUCAUCAUUCCAGGACUACGGACAGCAGCGAACACGCACUUAAAAGGACGGGAAGCAAGCACAAGAAAGGUCAUCAGUCCAGGACUGCGGACAGUAGCGAACACGAACUUAAAAAGAAGGGAAGCAAGCUGAAAAAAGACCAUCAGCCCAGGACUACGGACAGCAGCGAACGGGAACUUGAAAAGAUCUCGAGCAAGCACAAGAAAGACCAUCAGUCCAAGGCUCCCUCAAGAUCCAGUAGCGUGACAAGUACGUCAAAGAGUUUAAAGAAGACGCGUCAAAGCCGCAGAGCCAAGCCAUUGUUUGGUGCUUUCGGCGCGUUUAGACGGUAACAUUUUAAUGAUAUUACUGUUAUCUUAAAUGAACGCUUUAUCCAUGGAAUAUUAUAGAACGUGGAGAUAUUUGUUUGUAAAAUGUUUGACAUGAUUUGAUGAAGUGAUCUACUUCCUAGUCCUAAUUCCGAGUGACCUGGGAUGGCAUCGGCCAGGAUAUGAACCCAGGACCAUCGAGACAACUGACCCACAGUCCAGAGCGCAUACCACACGACCAGGCAUAUAGUAUGAAACGGUAAUGGGUUGGCUGCGCACCGCGACAUUACGAAUCCAGUCAGCUCAAGAAAUCAUCAUAUGAGGUUUUUUUUUUGUUUUUUUUUUGCAUACAAAUGAAUCCGUUUUGGAAAUGAUUGACUGAAUAUGGGUUUUAGUUAUUUGAUUCUAUCAGAUGUUAAAGUGAUUGGUAGAUUGAUUGAAUAAGGCUUUGGUUUAUUUUUAUUGAAUCUGGUGUUGAGUUGGAUGAUUGAAUUAGAUGUUUCGAUUAAGUUAUGUAUUGAUUUGAUUGCUUCAUAAAGAUAUGAGAAUUUGAUAAAUUCAGGUGUUCAUAUAUUUGAUUGAUCAGGUGUUUAAGUUAUUUGAUUGAAUCGGGUGUUGAGUUGAUUGAAUUAAGUGUUACAUUAUUUGAUUGAUCACGAUUUGGGUUAUUUAAUUGAUCC